CUCCAUCCUCCUUGUUAUCCCUCUCUCUCUCUUUUUUCUCCUCCUUUGCCUCUCCUCCUCUCACUACCACCCUUGCUCUCUCUUCUCUGUCCCUUCUCCUCCCACUUGGACGGACACGCAGGCCUGUUUGAGUACACUGCAGCAGAGGUCCAUUAAGACACCAGCAGCAGGAAUAGCAGCAGCAGCAGCGACAGCAGCAGGCGGACUGCUAUCUUCAUCACCAGCCUCUCCAUCCACCUGUCUCUCGUCUAUCUUCCUGCAUCUUAAUUUCCUCUCACUUCCAUUCCUCUUUCUCAAAACCCUCUCUUUCCUCCCCCUGCAUUCCCGUCUCCAUCUCUUCGACAUGCCUUUUCUUCUUCCUGCCGGCUGGUUUCCCAGGAUGCCUUUUUCCAGGCCGCUCCGUUAGGCCCUACCAGCAUGGGCGGAGCCUGGGUGGGGAGAGACAUUACGGAUUGGACCCUUCCCCUCAGGACGGGCGUGCUGGCGGGUCACCCUCCCUCAGCUUCAGAUGGGCGAGGACGCUGAGAGCCCCAAAAUCAACCACACCUUCCUGCGAGACUAUGUCACUGAAGCUGAUGUCAUCUCUACAGUGGAGUUCAACCAGACGGGGGACCUGCUGGCCACGGGGGACAAAGGUGGCCGAGUGGUCAUCUUUCAGAGAGAGACUGAGUCUAAAGGGGAGUCAGAGGAGGCGGGCGAGGUAGGGGACUCUGGGGAAUACAAUGUCUACAGCACGUUUCAGAGCCACGAGCCUGACUUUGACUACCUGAAGAGUGUGGAGAUAGAAGAAAAAAUUAACAAGAUCAGAUGGCUGCCACAGCAGAAUGCAGCACAUUUCCUCCUCUCCACCAAUGAUAAGACCAUUAAACUAUGGAAGGUGAGCGAGAGAGACAAGAGACCAGAGGGAUACAACCUGAAAGAUGAGGAGGGACGGCUCAAGGACACCUCUACCAUCACCUCUCUACAGGUGCCAGUGCUGAAGCCUACAGAUCUAAUGGUGGAGGUCCGUCCCAGACGGGUAUUUUCUAAUGGACAUACCUAUCAUGUCAACUCCAUCUCAGUCAACAGCGAUGGUGAAACCUACCUGUCUGCUGAUGACCUCCGCAUCAACAUGUGGCACCUGGGCAUCACAGACCGCAGUUUCAAUAUUGUAGACAUCAAACCAGCAAACAUGGAGGAUCUGACGGAGGUGAUAACAGCAGCAGAGUUCCACCCUCAGCACUGCCACUUGUUUGUGUACAGCAGCAGCAAGGGAACGCUGCGCCUCUGUGACAUGAGAGCCUCAGCUCUCUGCGACAAACAUACCAAACUUUUUGAAGAGCCUGAGGACCCAGGGAAUCGCUCCUUCUUCUCAGAGAUAAUUUCCUCUGUGUCAGAUGUUAAGUUCAGCCAUAGCGGACGUUACCUGCUGACCAGAGACUACCUCACCGCUAAGGUGUGGGAUAUUAAUAUGGAUAAAGGCCCAGUAGAGACGUAUCAGGUCCAUGAAUACCUAAGGAGUAAGCUGUGUUCCCUCUACGAAAAUGACUGCAUCUUUGACAAGUUUGAGUGCGUUUGGAACAGCUCAGACAGUGUGAUUAUGACAGGGGCGUACAACAGCUUCUUCCGGAUGUUCGACAGGGAGACAGGCCGAGGCGUAACCCUGGAGGCGUGGCGAGAGAGCAGCAAGCCUCGGGCUGUCCUGCGAACCCGCCGCGUGUAUACUGGUGGUAAACGUCGCAGGGGCGACGUGGGUGUCGAUAGCCUGGACUUCACCAAAAAAAUCUUGCACAUGGCUUGGCACCCGUCUGAAAAUAUAAUUGCCAUAGCAGCCACCAACAAUCUGUACAUCUUCCAGGAUCGUGUCAACCCAGAAACACAGGCACAGUGACAAGAGUGGAAAUAUGUACAGAGGUAGUCACAGGGCUUUUUAGAAGGUGUCAGAAAUGCAAAAAGUGGCUGGAAUAUAUUUGGAUGUUUUAUGGAAGGCAUGGCGAGUGCAAAGCUUAUAUCAGAAGAUUAAAUUAAACUCGAGCUGUUUGACGAUGCAUCAUCUGUACAUAACUGGAAUAAUCAUAAAAUGACAAGACUCCUUAUUCGGUUCAUUUUAUUUGAUCACCAAGGAAGGUGUUUAAUCAAUCACUGAACUGAUCUCUAGUACCCAUCGGGACUUUUUUUUUUUUUUGCUGCAUUCUACUUCCACUUUUUGAAGAUGUUUGUGUAGUAAAUGAGGUGCAGGGACACCUCUUGAUCUGCAGUGACUCAGUGCUGUUGCUCACACAACAUGUUGCAUUUUCCAUUAAUGUUCUGGUUAUCUUUCACACAACAAUGGAAGCUAUGUGCUAGCUAAGUACUGAGAAGUAAUGUCUAAAUGCUACAGAAUAUACAGAUCAUAAAAUGACUGGAUGACUUUAUCAAACGUGUUAUUGUAUAGCUCUUCACAACAGUCUCCUAAAACUUUUUUUUUCUUCUCUAUCCAGUGACAACAGCGAUUGAACCUCUCCUUUAGAGCAGUGCUCCUGGAGAUCGCACGAAUAACUGUCCCGUAAUCUUUGCCCUGUUCACGUUGCAAUAAUAGCACUAACAAAACACAGUGCAGCAGCAUUCCUGCUUUAAUACAUGAGCUCUUCUACAGGUAACAAAAAAAAAAUGUAUACACUCUUUUUACUGUUUGCUGUAAAUAUUGUUUUUUUUUUAAAGGCAGUACUAAUUUUCAGUUCCAGAGAGCUAAAGGGAAAAAAAAAGCAUUUUGUGGAGUACACUGUAAAUCAGUGUGAGAUCUCAUUUACAGAAAGGUUUUUGGAAUCACACUUUAUCAGCUAUUUUCUCGUAGCAGUAUGUAGGUAGUUGUUGCCGGCCGUAGAGAGGAUGGGGUAAAUUAUGCACAAUAAAACACCUACUGUUUGGUUGUGUAUAUUAAGCCAGUAUUGUGUUUUGAUUGCUGUAUCAUGGUAAUCUAAUGUGUAAAAAAAAAAAAAAAAAAAAAAAUCUACAUGCUUACAUGG